AUGCUUGAAACUUCCAGGACCCCCAUAACUUGUAAGCCGGCGGCGCACUAUCACCGCUCAUGAUCAAGAAGUACGAAUACAGUGUCACCUGGAAAUAUCGGGCGGAUGCAAUCUGACGUGUAUCCUGUCAAAAUAAGCAGCAAGGCUGCCCUCGUGCGUCGAAGUUGGCCUCGAGGGGUAGUCGCUCGAACUAGCUUUACCGUGGGGAUCACGUCUCAGAAUCCGUAACGAGGUGCUGGCCUGAUACAUUGUACAAUCCUCAACAAGCGACAGCGUCAUGGAGUCCCAGUCUGGCGUGGCGCUUUCCCCCAGUCUCCUGCCUCCCGAGCCUCCUGCUCCAGCCCAACAAUAAUCUCCUCAACCUCGCCCAUCUGCCCAGAGCCCAACUCCAUCCUCUCCAUAUCUCGUCCAAACCUCUUCCCGAACCUGUCCACCACGCCCUGCACUUCUCCCGCCACGCUGACCCGCCUAUCCUCUCCACCCGCGCUUUCGAUACACCCCGCCUUCACAUCCGCCAACCCACAAGCGACAAUCUCAUCGAACCACGGGAGCGGCUCCCUCGUAACAUUGAACGCAAAUCCAUGAGUCGUCAGCCGAUGUCGCACCUGCACUCCAAUCGACCCAACCUUCGUCUUCUCAUCUAGAAAAACACCCGUAUGUUCCGAAUUCGACACCGGAAUCCCAUGCCCUUCCGAAAAAUGUUCUUCGAUCGUCUUCUGAAGUCUGCAGAUAUAGUCCCGGAUGCUGAGGGGAGGUCCUGACCCGGACCCGGCGCUCAAGUCCAGCAGAGGAUAGCCCACCAUUUGGCCAGGACCGUGGUAGGUCAACUGGCCUCCUCUUUUUGUGCGGACGAAGUCGGCUCCGAGAGGUUUGAGACGUGUUUCUUCGGCGAUGAGCUCCCGUUCGUGCUCUGGAGUCGAUGCUUGUCGUCGACCGGCGGUGUAGACGGGUCGGUGCUCGAGAAGAAGUAGGAUAUCUCGGUGUUUGGAAGGCGCGGAACGUCGCAACGAAAGUUGAAAGUUGUGGAUAGCUUCUUGCAGUGCAAGAGUUUGGAUAUAUGGUAGGGGUGUUGAGAAAUGAUGAUAGAGUAUUGGAGGGAGGCCCAUGGUCGACAGUGCUGGUCAGUAAGCAAGGUGGCCCAGCGCUACGGUGGCAUCACUGGGUGAGCCGCCGAUCUCCCGGGUCAGAUAAGAUAAGCUCCGCGAAUCACUGUCGAUCUCCUGACUCGACUGUCUCUGUUCAGGCCUGUAUUUAUAUCUUCACCUCCUUUCUUCUUGCUUUUCUCCUUUGUCUGUAUCCAUCCACAGCUUUUCUUGCUAGCGCUCCUUCCUUGCUCAGCUAGACCACAUACAUAGACUCGGAACUAGAACAGAAUGACGAUCCCAAAAACGAACGAGCCUCUGAGCUCCAAUGGGCUUCCCCUCCCUGCCGGAGAUGCGAAGGUCCUCAAAAACCCGGGGGGCAUGCCCCCAAAGUUGAACGAGAUCGACCCAUCGAAACUGACGAUUACAAUGAGCAACAGUCUAAAACCUAUGCCGGCCGUGGAGGACUUAGUCUUUGGCCAGACAAUGACAGACCAUAUGCUCAUCAUGCACUACGAGCCCGAGAACGGAUGGUCAGCACCUGAGAUCAAGCCUUAUGGCCCGCUGAGCAUCGAUCCGGCGAGCUCGUGUUUGCAAUACUGUCCGAACGUGUUUGAGGGUAUGAAGGCCUAUCUCGGCGCAGAUGGUAAACCCCGUCUGUUCCGCCCAGAACUCAACAUGAAGCGCCUCGAAGGCUCCGCAGCCCGUAUGGCUCUCCCCCCCUUCGACUCCUCCGCGCUUCUCGUCCUCAUCAAACGUCUCGUCCAACUCGAAUCCCGCUGGAUCCCCAAACCCAAAGGCUCCUCCCUCUACAUCCGUCCCACCCUCAUCGGCACACGCGCCGCCCUCGGCGUCACCGCCUCCACCCACGCCACUCUCUUCGUCAUCCUCUCCCCCACCGGGCCUUACUUCAAAUCCAGCACAACCAAGGGCAUAUCCUUGCUUGCGGUGGGGGAACAUGUGAGGUCGUGGCCAGGUGGACAUGGAGGGUUCAAGUUGGGGUUGAAUUAUGCGCCUGGGUUUAGUCCGCAGAGGAUGGCGAUUGAGAAGGGAUAUCAGCAGGUAUUGUGGUUGAUUGGAGAGAAUAUUACGGAGGCGGGGGCUAUGAAUUUCUUUAUCGUCGUGAAACGAGAUGACGGUGGCCUGGAUAUCAUCACCCCCCCUCUCGACGGCACCAUCCUCCCCGGCAUAACCCGCGCCUCCGUCCUCUCCCUCCUCGCCGCGCACCCCACCUCCACCUCCCUCCCCGAACUCUCCAACGCGCUCAAAAUCCACCUCCACGAGCGCCCCAUCUCCAUGCCGGAACUCUACGCCUACUCCUCCACCGGCCGCCUCCUCGAAGCGUUCUGCGCCGGCACGGCGGUGGUCGUCACUGCCGUGGCGCGAAUCGGUUGGAGCGGAAAGGGAGGGGAGGAGGGGUUGGGCGAUGUGGUGUUGCCGGAGUAUAGGGAUAAGAGGGGAGGGGGGGAGACGAGGCCGAUGGGACCGGUGGCGAGUGCGCUUUAUGAGAGGUUGGUGGAUGUGCAGCAUGGGAGGGUGGAGUGGCAGGGGUGGAGUGUGCUUUGUGAGUAGGGCGGGUGGUAGGACGUGGAUAGGUAUAUAGUUAUAGUGGAGUCAAAAAGUGUACGUACUUGUGUAUGUACUGGAUGAGCUGUUUGUACGAAGUUCCUACAGAUACAGUUGCUUUUCGCAAUGAAAUCAGUGGACGAGGGCG